GUUGUGUUGGCCACAGUGCUUUUAUAAUGGAAUCUAGCACUAUUACUGCGUGAUAUGAGUCUUCUGAGCUGUCAGGCUUUGGUUUUGGGUCAACCCCGCGGAGGAAUACUGCAGAUUGGCUCUCUUCACCACCACUGAACGCUACCGUCGCAGAAGCAACUGCUUCAAACCGGGCAGGUCCACUGUCUGAAUAAACUAUUCCUGAAAAGAAAUGUCGUCUUGGAUCCAGCGUCAGGCUGGUUCUCACCAGACCCAGCUUGUCGCCACGGCUGUUCUCUCCGGCGUCGCUGUGGCCGGCACCAUCUUUGGAUAUCAGGCAUUGAAGCGGAAGGAGGCUCUUAAAGACUUGAAGGCCUCUAUCCCUAUUAUCAAUGACCAACACCAUGCUGAAGAUCUUACAGAGUAUGGCGCCGCAGCCACUAUACAGAUGAGUAAAGAAGAUGAACGGAGUGCAGCUCUUGCCCGUAGAGCGCAGCGGGGGGACUAUGACGACGAUCUGAUCCUUGAGCAACUUGCUCGUAACCGCGUAUUCCUUACGGACGAAGGCCUUGCGAAGCUUCGGGGAUCGUUUAUAAUUGUCGUCGGCUGUGGCGGUGUUGGAUCUCAUGCUGUGGCCGCUCUUGCACGCUCUGGUGUGUCACAAAUCCGUCUUAUCGACUUCGAUCAGGUUACUCUGUCCUCGUUGAACCGACAUGCGGUCGCUACAUUGGCGGACGUUGGCACACCCAAGGUACACUGUAUCCGAAAGAGAAUGGAGCAGAUUGCUCCGUGGGUUCGAUUUGAUUGUCGGAACCAGCUGUUUGGCAAAGCAGUUGCAGACGAGCAGUUAAGCCCGUGGAGCCUUGCAGAGGGUGAACCGGGCCGCAAACCAGACUACGUCCUGGACUGUAUCGACAACAUCGGCUCCAAGGUCGAGCUACUACAUUACUGUCACACGCACUCAUUACCCGUCAUCUCAGCCAUGGGAGCGGGCUGCAAGUCGGAUCCCACACGAGUUGUGGUUGGGGAUAUCUCUUUGACGACAGAUGAUCCUCUUUCACGCAGUACGCGCCGCCGCCUUAAGGCUUUGGGCGUGUCUACAGGAAUUACGACAGUAUUCUCUACUGAGAAGCCGGGCCCUGGCAAGGCGAGUCUUCUCCCACUUCCAGAGGAGGAGUUCGUCAAGGGCAAAGUGGGCGAGUUGGGCGUCCUCCCUGAAUUCCGCGUGCGCAUUCUCCCUGUUUUAGGCACCAUGCCUGCAGUCUUUGGCUACACCGUGUCCAACCAUGUGAUCUGUGAUAUCGCGGGUUAUCCUAACGAUUAUAUUGUCGGAGCCAAGGGUCGAGACAAGCUAUAUGACGGGAUCCUAGCGAACCUGCAGGGCAUGCAAGAGCGGCUAGCAAAGCUCGAGGCCGGCCAGGACCCCGUCGGGCUACGAAUCCCCGUCAGCAAGGAAGACAUUGCCUUUGUCGUCGAGGAGAUCUGGAGAGGCAAGAGCGCCAUCACUGGCCUGCCCAACCGUCUUGUCCUCGUCCCCUGGUUACGCCCUGCACGCGGAUUCGGCGCUGAUCCGGAAUGGGAGAAAAACGGACAGAAGAUUGUUCCGUUACGCCUGGCGGAACUCGUGUGCAUGACUAAAGAAGAGGCCACGCGCCAUGAGACAGAAGUUCUCCGGGGCGGUAAAAAGGUUGAGGAGCUUUACGAUGAAAAGGUCAUGCAAAAAGUGACUGAACGGAUGAAGGAGGCCGAAGAUCUUUAUGAGGCAUAUAGAUGAAAUUGACUUGAAGAAAUCAAGACAAUCUAGAUUCUCUCCACUAUCUUCAGUAUAUAAUCAGCAUCUAUAUAUGAUCAUGCAUACUCC